AUGAUAUUUCAAGUUACAGAUUUCGCCAAUAUCUUGGCUAGCGAAGAAUUCUGCGAUGUGACUCUGGUCGCCCAAGAUCGAACUGAAUUCAAGGCACACAAGGUUGUGUUAUGUGCUCGCAGUGAUGUGUUUCGGGCCAUGUUCCGCAAUGACCUGCAGGAGAAGAAAACCGGUAGUAUUACCAUCGACGAUAUGGAUUCGGACGUGCUCAAGAAAUUGCUAAAUUACAUCUACACGGACGAGGAAAUACCCAAAGAAAUGGCCGCAGAUCUAUUUGUGGCUGCCAAUAAAUAUGCCCUAGUGGAUUUGCAAAAAAUCUGUGAAGAUAUGUUAAUCGAAGUAAUGAGUGUCGACACAGUGGCUGAUAUUCUUCUUCUGGGCGAUCGUCAUUCCAGUGAACGCCUUAAAUCAAAGGCUGUUCAAUUUGUAAUCAUUGUAAUCAUAAAACAUUAA